AUGGGUGCUAAAGAGGUUGACAAGGCCCUCCGGGAAUCCUUCAAGAAGGGCUUGGCUGUGCGAAAGAGCAUAGCUGAUCUCAAAGAAAGUAAGAAGCUUGAGAAGGGUGAGAAAGCCAAGAAGACACGUGGCACUCUCAGUGUGGCCUCCUCGUCGUCUUCCGGGGUGCCAGAUAAUCCGCCCGUGCCGCUGGAUGAACGUCUCAAUGGACCCACCUCGCUGACAUUGGGUGAGCUCAUGACCAGUGAGCGGCUCAAUUAUGAGGAUGCCUUAAGGGUUUUUCUGAAUGUCAGGCAGGAGUUUGAGGAGCAAGCAAAGAACGAAGCCAAGGCAAACUCCAAAACCUCUCGCAAACGCAAAGCCGAAGAGACACCGAACGAGGAAGAGGAUGACGAGCCCGAUUCCCCGGACCCUACCAAGCCUCCAAAGGCCAGCCCCAAGACCCGAGGCAAGCCGAAAGCCAAGGGCAAGGCGAAGCCCCUGCCCAAGGAGCCUGAGGAGGAGGAAGAGGAAUCUGACAAUCAGGAUCCCGGCAAACUGUUGAAGGCCACCCCAAAGACCCGAGCCACGCCCAAAACCAAGAGCAAAGCCAGCCACACCGCCAAAGAGCCACAGGAGGAGGAAGAGGAAAAAGAGGAUUCCCCGGAGGCCGCCAAGCCCCCAACCCGAGCCACGCCGAAAUCCAAGGCAGAUCAGGAGGACAAGGAGCACGACCUUGCCAUCCUUCCAAAGGCCAGUCCCAAGACUCGAGUCAGCCCAAAAGGGAAAGCCAAGGGCAAGCCCAAGCCCCUGCCCAAGGAGCCAGAGGAAGAGGAAAAUGAUUAUUCACCGAAGUCUGGCAAGCUUUCCAAGGCAAACCCAAAGGGCCGAGCCACGCCGAAAGCCAAGGAUGAGGAGCACGAUUCCCCGGACCCUGCCAAGCCUCCAAAGGCUAGCCCCAAGACCAGGGGCAAGCCCAAAGCCAAGGGAAAUGCCAAGCCCCUGCCCAAGGAGCCUGAGGAGGAGGAAGAGGAAUUUGAUGAAAGUCAGGAUUCCGCCAAUCUGCCAAAGGCCACCCCAAAGAGCCGGGCCACGCCGAAAGCCAAGAGCAAGGCCACAUGCACCGCCGAAGAGCCACAGGAGGACGAAGAGGAAGAGAAUCAGGAAGAGGAGGAAGACAUCGCAGCGGAACCCAAGAAAAAGGCAACCCCGAAGUCGAAAGCUGCAACAAUCCGCAGGACAAAGAAAAGAGCCUUGAAGCGCAAGAAUGCAAAGGAGAGCUUGGAGGAGGAUGCUGCAAAGAGCACGAAGAGCAGGGCCAUCACCGCUCGCACACCCCCGAAAGUCCGCCUGCAUGGGAAGACCAAGCCUGCAAGAAAAAAUCAGAAGGUACCUCCGGCCCCGCAUCCAGAUGAAGCUGACACCCAGCUCGAGAACCUAGGGAACCAGUCAGGUGAUGACUCCGAUGGUUUGGCGCCGCAGCAUGAGGAGGAGGAGCACUCGGAACACCAUGAUGACACGGAGCACACAGAACAGGAUGAUGACGAAGAGCAAGAGGAUGGCGAGAAGCGCCCAGAACAGAAUGAUGAGGAGCAGCAAGAGGAUGAUGGCGAGGAGCACCCAGAACAGCAUGAUGAGGAGGAGCAGCCAGAAGAGGACAAGGAUGAUGACCAGGAUUCUCCCGAGUCCUGUCUCACCUUCAAAGCCGGGCAACACAGCCUGAAUUAUGCGGGCGAGGCGGCACUUCGUGGCACGCUUGCUCGAGGCGACUCCCUAUCUGACUUGUCGGAUCUAUUGAAAACGUCCCUUGUCCUCAAUCCAAUGCCUGAAACCUUAAACUAUCUAUGUAGCCACACACCCCCAUGUUACCAGUUGAAACCUAAUCAUGAUCCAAGGCUUGGCCCCAGUGCCAGCCAACUCGGCUACGCAGAGGAGCUAAGCGGCUUGCUUCGACGUGUUGAUGGUUUGGUGCAAAGCAAGGAAGCCGAGUCUAGUGCGAAGGCAGCAGCAGCCAAGCCCGAGCCAGGAUCAAAGCCCGCAUCCCCACCCAAGCGAAAAAAGACAGCAUCAAAGCCCGCAUCCCCGUCCAAGCAAACAGCUGAAUCACCCGAGAAGCCGUCAGCUGCCAAGCCACCAGCCCCGGCCGCAAGAAAGCCCGCACUCCUGGCCCUGCCGGCCACGGCUGGUCAGGUUGAGGGUCAGGAGAGAGAAGGUGUUGACCGCUUUUACAAGGCUGGCAAGUUCGACGGGUGCCCGAACGUCAAGAUGCUCAUGGAAGGCUCGCUCGAGGAUCGCAACAAAGCCCUGCGAGAGUGGGUGACUUUCGGUGGCAAUGCAGCCCAGAUGGAAGCCAAGCUGAGCUUCGAGCGAACGAGCUCGGUUCUUGGACAGCGGGUGUGGGAACAGGUUGCGGUGAAGGACAUGCGGCAUCCGCCGUAUUCGUUCAGCAAGCUGCCCGGUGUUGAUUUAACGCAGUGCAUGUGCUAUGUGCUUGCUGCAAUGAUAGCUCUUCAGUUGCUGUUGGAAGAUCCGGAUGCUCCGGGAUGUUUGGAGGAGACCAGGUUUUGGUGUGUUGUGAAACGUAUCAAGACAGAAUCUGAAAGCCAAGUGAUGCGAGCCUCGAUGAACGCCAACAUGCAGGGCUCUGUGGGGAUGCUAGAUGGCCUCAUCGCGAAUGGCAAUCAGAACAUGCCUGGGAUACUCCGACGGGCCAAAUCUUCGAAUGCGGUCAACAAGCCGUUGUCGGGAGAUGUGCUACGUGCCUUUGAUGACUACAACAAAGAUCUGGCCGAGUUGCUCCGCCGGCUGGUGGCCGCAGACGUGGAGCAGAAGUCGCUCAUCGAGGAAAGUUUCCGGACGGACGAAGAGAAGCAUAGCAAGUUCAGUCAAGCUGUGAAGAAGGAGAUCGGUGCGAUGAGCACCCUGCUCCUCGAUUUGCAGCAAUGCAACUGCCCGGACUUGCUCAAAAGUCUCAAAGACCACGACGCCAAGAUUAAGAAAUUGGCUCUGAAGCUGGGUAUGCUCAAAUCCGGGCCGGAGUUCGGCGACCUGUGCCAGGAAGCCUUUGACGAGAUCGAGAAGCUGAAGCUUGUCAAAGGGCAAGCCAGUGGCCUCCUGAAGGAGCUUCGCAAACGACCGCUUGAAGUUGCAGCAAAGCCGAGGCUAGUCAAAGCGACAACUGACGGUGAUGCGAGCCUAAAGCUGACAUGCGACCUCGGUGACACCUAUGACAGUUCUCUCUUGCACGGUUACGAGAGUCGUCCUCUGCGGGAGGAUGAGUACAUGUCUAGAGUUCGCAAAGCUGGGUAUGCACUGCCGACUGAAGUCACCUAUGUGGCUGCACCAGUCAUCCGUGGAGAGGAAGAAGCCACGGCACUCAUUGAGGAGCUUUUUGUGGACUCCAUGUAUCCAUCGAGCUCAGAUCUGGAAGCCUAUUGGGCCCAACUCCUGCCUGACUUCAAUGGACAUUGGCUUACUCAGCAGCCAGAUAUCUGGCAUUGCACAAUCCCCAUAGUCCUUUGGGGCGAUGAGGGGACCGCUGAUCUCAGUAUAUUCCGCGAGCACAGCAAGGCAUCCCGCUACAUGAUCUACUCGCUUCUGGCUAGCAAGUACUGGAUACAAGGCAAAACCAAUGAGACCCUCCAGCAACUGAACGCUGCAGUGGCCAACGACAUCAAUGGAGUGAUGCAGAAAGGCAUUGAAACCACCUCCGGAGAAACCUAUUAUUUUGUUGUGGUGGCUUUUCGUGGAGAUCUGAAAUAUUUGACCCAGUGCUUCAACUUCGUGCGCAAUUCGAGCACUGACAAGGCCCGCAGCACUGCGCCAACCAUUUUGGCAGAUGUUAGCGGGCUCGUGGUUUGGGUUACAAUGCGGUCCGAUCCGGCUAUGAUCUACACUGACAUCAAUGCUGAUGCUGGUUGGACAGCGACCGAAUUUUCCGAUGUGGAGCCGCCGUGGGUGGACCCGCCGGCUUUUGCUGCUAUCGAUGGGUUUGAUCUUCGCAUGGUUCAAGUGGACUGGAUGCACACAUGGUCAUUGGGAGUGGCACAAGACGUGCUGGGAAGUGCCAUCAAACUUAUGUGCAAAGGCAAGAUGUUUUACACAGGAUCCAAUAUACAGAAACGGCUCAGCCAGUUGUACCGAGAUCUCAAGAUCUAUGCAGCUGCGAACGGCAAAGCUUUGUCUUGUAAAAGACUUCGUAAGCGCACUCUUCGCUGGGAAAAUGGCUGCCCUGAGCUGCACGUCAAGGCUGCAGACAUUGCGGUGUUUUUGCCUUUCGUACUUGCGAAGCUGCAAGAGGUUCCGAUGGAGGGGCCUUACACUGGCCUGCUUGCGAUGGUUUGGGCAGCUGACGAAUUUUCCCGCUCCGUCAUGGCAAGCAGGACGUUUUUGACGGUGGACCAACAGCAGCACACACGUACAGUGGGCGAUCUCUUCCUGUCUACCUUCUGCCUAUUGGCACAGCAAGCACGGGACAGAGGCGAAUACUAUUUCAAGAUGCGUCCAAAAUUUCAUCAUUUGAUCCACAUGGUCAGAGACAGUCGACCGAGCAGAAGGUCUCCGGGAUGGGACAACUGUUACAUGGAUGAGGACCAUGUGCGACACUGCAUUCGUGUUCUGCGCAAAGUAAGUCAUCGGACGGCAGAGAAAACUUUGCUUCUUCGAAAUGCUGUGCAGGUGAAGCAGACCAUGCUGCAGUGCUUGCGGAUCGGGCCCUCAGCGACGGCUUCAGCGCCGGCCGACGGUCCAGCAGCGGCCAGCGCGACGGCUCACAGAUCCCCACCGACGGUUCCUGACCGGCCGGACCAAGAACAGUUCCGCGGCGAGGCCGUCGAUCCCCUCAUACGGCGGGCCAUGCGACGCUACGCACGGGCCCUGAAGGCCAUCUUCGCCGUCGACCGUCUGGUGGCUCUAGUUGCUAGAGUCGACCCGCCGGGUUCCGACGCGUGGAGCCCGUGGGUCACGGCGCACGCCGUCGAUGCCCUCAUCCUGGCGGUGUGGUUUAUGCUCCGCGAGAUCGAGUUCUCGGCGGCACAGACGCAGGACAUUGACGUCGCUGACGGCACCGUCGCCCUCCGGCUUCCCCUACACAAGACAGCAACCGGCGGCGAGGUCGAGAUGACCCAACGCCAGCUACGGUGCGCAUGUGGGGCAACCGUGGCACCGCUGUGCCCCCAUCACGCGGCGCUCCGCCAUGUAGCCCGCCUUCGGCGAGCCGGCCGGUGGGUGCGAGGGGCACCCCUGUUCCCCGACGGGACCGGAGACACCUGGGAGAAGUCCGGGGGCGUCCUCUUUUUCCGGCGGGUAUUGCUGGCGGCGGGGAUCCAGUUGACUACUACCCACCACAACGGCGCCACCGUCCAGCUCUUCAACGGCCAUCUGGCACGGGUGGCCGGCGCGGCGUGGCUGGCGUCCAAGGCCGUCAACACACCCAUCAUCCAGCUGCUUGGCCGCUGGUCCUCGGCGGCCGUCGAGCGGUACGUCCAGGCAGCGCCCUUGGCAGUCGCCCCAGACGUCCCCCGGCGCAUCCUGGGGGAUGAGGUCGAGAUCGUCAGCGUCCGGCCGGCGUAUGCAGAAGCCACGGCUCCACCGGCGCUCGGCAGUCGGCGGCCGCUGGCCCUGCAAAACGGAGAGCCGGUGAAGCAGGAGACGCCACCGCAGGAGGACCACUCCGCGACGGUAGCCUUCGAGCCGGGGCCAGUCAGACCGGACGCGGUGCAGCAGGUCGCCGUCGCGCCGCCGGAGCACCUCAUCUACAAUGAGCGGCAGAAGCGGGCUCACGCCCCAGACCCGACGGAGGCAUCGUCGGACCGCUUUCUAUGGAAAGCGCGGGGGUGUUCCUGGCCAUACGGCGUCCGCAGUUUUUAUAGAAUCACCGAGCUACGACCGGCGGGAGCAGCCAAGUGCCUUAGGUGCUUCCCGAAGGCCCCGUCGGCCGACGGUGAGGGGACGCCGACGGAGGAAGCGGCCUCACCAGUGGCAUCUAGCUCAGAUUCCGACGAGUCCUCCCCGUCGCUGCGCAUAGGCAUCUUGAUGUGUAACCGCAGCCCCGCCUUUGACCGCACCGCCCUUCACUCCCGCCGGCCCUCUCGUCGUGAUCAUGGCUAUGGGUCCGCAGCUCGUCGCCGACGUCCUGACCGACUUCCCGACGACCUCGCCACGUCGGCAGGGGCGGGUCCGGACCUCGUCGAGUACCUGAAGGCGCGGUCUCUGAACCGCACGGCGACCCUCUCGCCCUCGGUCUUUCAGCCGUUCCGCGACGGCGACGAGAUCGCCGGGAAGAUCUACAAAGCGGCGCCGGCGGAGCAGCCCGUCGUCCGCCACAUGUGCCGGGAGUGGACCGACCUCGUCGCCCGCUACAACGCCGUCCAGCUCGGCGGGGAGCCCCGCUCCUUCCCAGUGGAGCGCCUCGUCGGGUCCGAGGAAGUGCUGGCGAGGAUCCACUGGGAGCACACCAGGUCCAAGCUCUACACGCCGCUCGGCCUCGGCGAAAUCCUGGCGACCCGGACUUGGUCAUCCCUCGGCGUCGUCAAUCCACUCGCCGGCCGCCGCAGCACCGGCGGGGCACAGAGCAUCAAGUUCAAGUUCGUGGACGGCGGCCUGGCGGUGGAGGAGAACCAGCCGUUCGUCCCGAGGGGCAUUUGGGCCGUCGUCGACGGCCUGGACGCCAUUCGCUGGGCUUGGGUCCUGACCGGCGUGGGGACAGAGGCCGGCGUUAUCAGGCACAUCGAUUGGUGGACGACCAAAGCCCGGCUCCACUCGAGCAGGCUCGAGGCCGUCCUCGCCUACUGGGACGCCACGGCGCACCAGCUCGCCAUGUCGAUGCGCCUCGCCUGGACCUUUGAAGAGGUUACCUCGGCGAUCAUGGCCGACCAGGCGGCGUUCAACGAGGAGCAGGACUGGGACGAGGACGGCGCCUCCAAGGACUGGGUCGUGAUUAGUACGAGGACCGGAAAGGGGUCUGGGCAGCUGACAGUCGGGUGCAUGUUGCUUCCUGAUCCUUCCAUGUCGGCUUUCUUUGUCAUGUCUGCGGUGGUGUGCUCGUGA